UAUAGCAGAAGCAGAAAAACCAUUUCUAACUGACCAGUUACAAGCUCUCGUAACACAACACAAGGCGGACAUUCCAACGUAACAGGACAGUUAUAGAUUCUAUCCACCACCACACAUGGCUCCGGCAGCAGAUUCCAUAAAACCUAGAGAUGUUUGCAUCGUUGGUGUUGCACGCACACCAAUGGGUGGGUUUCUUGGUGCUUUGUCCUCUUUAUCUGCCACCAAACUUGGAUCAAUAGUGAUUGAAGCUGCUCUAAAACGGGCUGGCGUUAAUCCUUCACUUGUACAAGAAGUUUUCUUCGGCAACGUUCUCAGUGCUAAUUUGGGUCAGGCUCCAGCUAGACAGGCUGCACUGGGUGCAGGAAUUCCUAAUACAGUGGUCUGUACCACUAUAAACAAAGUUUGUGCAUCAGGGAUGAAAGCAACAAUUCUUGCGGCACAAAGCAUUCAGUUGGGAAUUAAUGAUGUUGUUGUGGCUGGUGGCAUGGAAAGCAUGUCUAAUACGCCCAAGUAUCUUGCAGAAGCAAGGAAAGGAUCUCGACUUGGACAUGAUUCUCUUGUUGAUGGAAUGUUAAAAGAUGGUUUGUGGGAUGUCUACAAUGAUGUUGGCAUGGGAGUAUGUGCUGAAAUAUGUGCGGAAAACCAUAAAAUAACAAGAGAGGAGCAGGAUGACUUUGCAAUUCAAAGCUUUGAGCGUGGUAUUGCUGCCCAAGACAGUGGUGCCUUCGCAUGGGAAAUUGUUCCGGUUGAAGUUUCUGGAGGGAGGGGAAAACCACCAACAAUUGUUGACAAGGAUGAAGGUUUAGGAAAGUUUGAUGCUGGCAAACUGCGAAAGCUUCGUCCAAGUUUCAAGGAGAAUAGCGGUACAGUCACUGCUGGAAAUGCUUCUAGUAUAAGUGAUGGUGCUGCUGCUUUAGUUUUAGUCAGCGGAGAAAAAGCAAUAAAGCUUGGGCUGCAAGUUAUCGCAAAGAUCAGCGGAUAUGCUGAUGCUGCUCAGGCACCAGAACUAUUUACCACAGCUCCAGCUCUUGCAAUUCCUAAAGCUAUUUCACAUGCUGGCUUGGAGGCCUUCCAAAUUGAUUUCUAUGAAAUUAACGAAGCCUUUGCUGUCGUGGCUCUUGCAAAUCAAAAAUUGCUCGGACUUAACCCAGAAAAAGUUAACGUUCAUGGUGGAGCUGUAUCCUUGGGACAUCCUUUAGGUUGCAGUGGAGCUCGUAUAUUGGUCACACUUCUGGGGGUGCUGAAGCAGAAGAAUGGUAAAUAUGGUGUUGGUGGUGUUUGCAAUGGCGGAGGUGGUGCAUCUGCUUUUGUAGUAGAGCUUCUCUAAGCCUUUUUCUCCAUCUUCUAGUCUGAUGCGCGCUUCUCUUGCACUGGCGAGUAAACUCGGAAGUACUAACGUUAAGAGCCUUCUGAGAGAGUAGAAUUCCCUGUGACCAUCAAAAUUCCUUCUUAUUCAACAUUUUUCAUUUGUUUUCCUUCCUUUUUUUCGGGCGGAGACUAUUUUUCCUAUACUUUUUUCAAUAAAUAUUUUAGUGUAUCUAUUUCAGAGGUAAUAUCUUUCCAGUAGUGUUUGCAACAAAUCGCUCUUCUCCUAUUGCACUCAUCUUGUCGGAUGGUAUUGCAUGUGUUGACAAACAAACUAUAAAAGUCUUGAGAGUGGGUCUUUCCAGCCCUGUUGUUCCCAAAAGAUUAAAAAAAAAAAAAAAAAAAAAGGUUCAUUCUUUGGGAAAAAGUGCCAAAAAAGAAAAAAGAAAAAAAUUGAUGUGAAAGGUGGUAGAUUAUAGGAAUUUUGUAAUUUUUGUUUAUGAAGUCUAGUUGUAUGCUUCAAGAAA